AUGGUGAUGUUAAAUAAACACAAAAAGCAAACCCAAGGCCGUCAAAAAAUAGAGAUCAAGCAGAUAGAAGAGAAGAGCAAUCUACAGGUGACGUUCUCAAAGCGUCGCGGGGGUCUAGUCAAGAAAGCAAGCGAGCUAAGCCUUCUCUGCGGGGCACAAGUGGCCAUUCUUGCCUUCUCUCCAGGCAAAAAGGUCUUUGCGUUUGGUCACCCCGAUGUCGACAUGGUACUUGACCGUUUUCUCAAUGAGAGUUCUACUGCUGGGGAACUAGGGGCCGCGAGUAAUGACCCUCAAGUUCAACAAUGGAACAAAGAGUACGAGGAGGCAUUGAAAGAGUUGGAGGAGGAGAAGAAGCAUGUGGCAAUGGCUGAACAGUGGAAUACGGUGUGUGAAAAUGAUGUUAAUGCAAGGUUCUGGUGGGAUGAACCUAUUGAUGAUAUGGAAUUGGAGGAGCUUGAAGAGUAUGUGAGGGCCAUGGAAGAGUUAAAGAAGAAUGUAGCUGCCAGGGCAAAUGAGUUAACCAUGGCCACCGAUCAUUUUGGUAAUCAAAAUAUGAGUCAUCAUCUUGAUCUUGGAGUUAAUGGUUUUAGUCUUGAAAAUGUUCUAUUUUAA